GUGCGUACCAUCGAUUGGCCGCGAACUAGAAAAUCAGUCACAGUGACAUGCACAAAUGGCAAAAAAUUCUCUGCUGAUAAGGUUGCUGUGCGUUUCCCACGUUGUUUCUGGAACGCGCUAUUGAAGAAGGAUGGGACUUUGGACUAUUUCAGUAAUGCACCGCGCAAAAGCAGCGAGCGAGGGCUAUUCAACAUGUUUUACGAUUUUUCAAAGCGGGAUGCUAAUGGCGUAGCUCCAUACUAUGUUCUGAUGUCAUAUGUAUGUGGUGAUUCUGUGAAUCUGGUAAAUGAGCACACUGACGAGGAAGUCGGACAAAUGUUUGUCGAUACCUUGAAAAAGCUGUUUCCUAAUGAGGAUAUACCUAAACCUGACGGAGUGGUAGUAUCCCAUUGGGGACGCGAUCCUCAUAUUGGAAUGUCUUAUACCUAUGUGCGUAUCGGAGGUACAGGAGCACAUUAUGACGCUUUAGCUGCUCCAGUAGAUGCACGGCUGUUUUUUGCUGGAGAGGGUACAAAUCGUUUCUUCCCACAAACAAUGACCGGGGCUUAUAUUAGCGGGCUUCGUGAAGCAGGUCGCAUUAUAGAAUCUUGUCAUAAUGAAAUCUGGAUCGAUUAG